GUGACCCGGCCGGCGUCUCAAGAUGGCGGCGGUAUCGGCGCCCGAGAGGCCGAGGCACUAUCCCGGCUGCUGAGGCGGGCCCCGCGCAGCUGGCAGCGGACGGGCCGGGCCGAGGGCUGGCGAGCGGACGGCCGCCGCCCCUGCGCGCUCCGCGGCCGGGGCUGAGCCGUGCGGCGGCGGCGCCGGGGGAUGCUCGAGCUGGGCCCGGCCUCUCCCUCAACUUAGGGCGGCGGCGGGCCCGCGCCCCUGGCUCCCGGGCCAUGGCGCUGAGGGAGCUCAAAGUGUGCCUGCUGGGGGAUACAGGUGUAGGUAAAUCGAGUAUCGUGUGGCGGUUCGUGGAAGACAGUUUUGAUCCAAACAUCAACCCGACAAUAGGGGCAUCUUUUAUGACCAAGACUGUCCAGUACCAAAAUGAGCUACAUAAAUUCCUAAUCUGGGAUACAGCUGGACAAGAACGAUUUCGUGCCUUAGCACCAAUGUACUAUCGGGGCUCGGCUGCGGCCAUCAUUGUUUAUGACAUCACAAAAGAAGAGACAUUCUCAACCCUGAAGAACUGGGUGAAGGAGCUCCGGCAGCACGGCCCGCCCAACAUCGUCGUUGCUAUUGCUGGGAAUAAGUGUGAUCUUAUCGACGUCAGAGAAGUCAUGGAGAGAGAUGCUAAGGACUACGCCGACUCCAUCCACGCAAUUUUUGUGGAGACCAGCGCGAAAAAUGCGAUAAACAUAAAUGAACUCUUUAUAGAAAUUAGCCGAAGAAUCCCUUCCGCCGACACCAACCCGCCAUCCGGCGGCAAAGGCUUCAAGCUCCGGAGACAGCCGUCCGAGCCCCAGCGGAGCUGCUGCUGACCGGGCCUCGGCCUCCCAGACUUGCUGAUGAAGUAGGUGGUCCCGAAAGUUAACAGGAGACCUGGGGUCCCUGCCGGCAGAUUCCGCCUCUCCGGUUUGGGUCUUCUUCAUGCAAACAGGACUUGGAGAAAUUGGCCAGUUCCACUUCCUCUCUGGAGGCCACGGCACUAAUGUUUCAGUGUGAGGACCUCCGGCCGGUCAUGAGUCUGGUGUGCACCGGGACCGCACCAUGGGCUUUUGACCUUGCUGAAGAGGAACAUGUAAUUGUAUGGACGGUAGGGUUAAAUUGUUGAGUAGUUUUGUAAUCAAGAUUUUAUGUAACAUUUGUAAAGGGAAAAUUAGCACUUUCGUGGUUCUUGAGGACAAAAAGACCUUGCAGAGAUGGUAAUUUCCUUGGUUUCCCGUUACCACUGUUAGAGGGAAUCGUAUCAUUUAAAAUGUGGUUGGUGAUUGUAAGUGGAGGGCUGGCAAUCAUUAUUGGGAGCUGAACUGGAUUAUUUAUAGGACUGAAGGAAACAACUCUGUCCCCACCAUCUCUAAAGCACUUGUCAUUGAACACUUUAGCCCCUGAUACAUACAGUAACUUAACAACGGUAACAGCAGAGGCAUAGCUCACCCGAGGUUUGCAUUCCGACCUCGUCCUGUAUGUGUCAAAAAAACACAUUACUGGCCCCUUUUUAAAUAAGCUCUCGUGAUGAAGGUGGUGGUGGUGGCGAAGCUGCCUGGGAGAAAUCGGGCUGCAUACGUUUGUGCUGACUAGCAGCGGUUUAAAAAAGAGGAAGAAGAGAGUAAAGAAAGUGGUGUAAAUGCUGUCAAUUUUUUAUUUAACCCAGAUAUUUUGGUGGGGAAAACAGUUAUCUGUUGCUUAGCAUAUGUAAAGUUGUAGUCUAUAUUUAUGAGACCAUGGCUUAAAGAUUAUAAAUUAUGUAAAUACAUGAAUAAAUUCUAUGUUUCACCCAACACUCCAUUUAAUCUCGCAGCCAGUGUCUUAGUGUGCCCACCCACCUCUCAGCCUGUCUGCGGGGGGCUCUGCCGCACAUUUCUGUCGGGCGAGAGCACAGAGCGCUUGGCUUACAGUCUUUGAAGAGGUCUCUGCCUCGCCUUGCACAAGCCCCUCCCUCCCACAUCCCAUCUGGAAAUCAUAAUAAAGACAUAUGCCACUUUGACAAGCCUGACUAGCCCUUCCUAGCCUGGAGGUAAAAGAUGACGCUCCAAGUUCAAGUCAUUUCACCUGGUCUUGGCAGUAAGUUUCUUGUAGCAUUUAGCGCGACCCCGGACGAGUGUUUCCACGAGCUCUCCUUGUUACCGAUUCAGCUUAUCUUUCCGUUUCCUUUAUUCCCCUGCCUCUGUCAGUGGUUAACACUCUUUCCCUCAGGGAGCCUAAUGAGGUUUUUAAUAUAAUCUAAAAAUAAAGCGCUGAAGUGAAGUUGGUG